AUGAACGCCGCGGGGUCGAACGUGAGCAGGGAGUUCUUCCACCUCAUAAAAGCCAUUGGAGAGGCCAGAUCGAAGCAGGAGGAGGACAGAAUCGUCGCCAACGAGAUCGCGACUCUGAAAACGAAGCUCAAUGAGCCGAACCUCUCCACGCACAAGAUGCAGGAACUCCUCAUUCGGAGUUUGUACGUCGAGCUGCUGGGGCACGACGCCUCCUUUGCGCACUUCCAAGCCGUGAAGAUGACAAAUCAGGCAAACAACAUCAAGGCGAAGCGACUUGGGUAUUUGGCCUGCAAUCUCUUUCUCAGCGAAGACAACGAGCUGAUGCUCCUGCUGAUCAACACGAUUCAGAAGGAUCUCGUGUCUCCGAACAUUCUGAACGUCCAGUCGGCGCUGCACUGCGUGACGCGUUUGCUGACGCCGGAGAUGCUUCCGGCGCUGCUGCCGUCGCUCUCCUCGCUGCUGCAGCACUCGCACGCGGCUGUGCGUAAGAAGGCGGUGAUGGCAGUGCACAAGGUUCUCGACUUGAAGGAGCGCGAAUUUGAGCGGAAGGCGCUGCAGGCCUCCAAGCUCGCGCGGCGCUCGGCGGCGCCCAGGGGCGACGGCGAGGAACUGGAAGAGAGCGAAAUCAUGGACGGGCUGCGCGACAAGAUGCGGCGCGCCCUCUGCGACGCCGACCCCUCCGUCAUGGCCGUCUCCCUGCACGUCAUCCACCGUCUCGCCGCGAAGAACGUCACCGCCUGGAGAGACCUCGUCCCCUCUCUUGUCUCCAUCCUCAAACAAAUCAUAGAUCGCAAACUCCCCAGAGACUACGACUACCACCGCGUCCCUGCACCGUGGAUCCAAAUCAAAAUCCUCUCGCUGCUGGCGACGCUGGCUGCAGGGGAUCAGCGCGCGUCGGAGGAAGUCUACGAGCUGCUGCAAGAGGUCAUGCGCCGCGCGGACGCGGCCGGCGUGAACGUCGGCUACGCGGUCAUCUACGAGUGCGUCCGCACCGUCGCCGCGCUCUACCCGUACCCGAAGCUCCUCGACAUCGCCGGCUGCAGCAUCAGCCGCUUCAUCUCCGCAGACAACAACAACUUGCGCUACGUCGGCGUCACGGGGCUCGCUGCCGUCGUGCAGGUCUCGCCCAAGUACGCGGCGCAGCACCAGCUGGUCGUGGUGGACUGCCUGGAGGACAGCGACGACACGCUAAAGCGGAAGACACUCGACUUGCUUGUGAAGAUCACCAACCCCGUCAACGUCGCAGUCAUCGUGGAGAAGCUUUUGGGCCAUCUGCGCGCGACGGCCGACGCGCAUCUGCGGACGAAUCUGAUUCAGAAAAUCAUCACGCUUGCCGAGAGGUAUUCACCGGACCCGCGUUGGUUCCUCGAGACGAUCCUGUGCGUGUUGGAGAUCAGCGGACCGGCGCUUCCGGCGGCGCCCGCGAGCUCGGGCGCGGCGGCGAGUCCAGGGGGUUGCACCAGGCUCUCUGGCGGCGCGGCGGGGGGCAACCUGGCAGCUGGCCUGUGCUACUCGACCGCGUAUGCGCUGCUGCAGCUCAUCGCGGAGGGUCCGACUGAGGACGAGGCGUCUGACCGCGCGUUCCGCGAAUUCGCCGUCAACGAGAUGACUGAGCUGCUUGAGCGGAAAAAGCACGUCAUCCCCGACGUCCUCAUGCAGGCGGUGACUUGGGUGCUGGGCGAGUUCGGCUGCUACUGCUCCCUCCCGGGUCACACCGGGGAAAACAUCAUCGAUCUUCUCGCAUCCUGCGUCGAACGGUCUUACGACGACCCCACCACGCAGGCGUGGAUCAUUUCGGCGGUGAUGAAGCUCUGCGUGUUUUACGGCCGCUGCACGCUGGGCGCGUCGUUGCGCCCGGACGAGGAGUCGAGCGGGAAGCUACAGAAGGCCCGCGGCCUCCCUGCCGCCUUGUUGCAGGUGCUUCAGAAGCAGCAGCGCCAACUCGCCACCGCGCCCGAAGUGCAGGAACGCUGCUUUCGCGGCCUGCUCCUGCUCCACCUCGUUCCAUGGCCAGUGCUCAGGCACAUCUUCCCGUUUGACGCCUCCACCGAAGACGUUCAGGUCGACCCGAACUUGCCGUUCCUUGACGAGCCUGUGGCGCCGGCCCUGAAUUUCGCGCCGUACGCGCCUCCGCGGGCACCAUCGACCGCGGUCGUUGGAGCCGCAGCGGGCGGCGUCGGCGGGGCCCUGUCCCCGCCCACGGGCUUGAACGGUGCGGGGUCGUCAGCAGGCCUUGCGCGCGCCGAGGCGGGUGCAGACGAGAAGGGAGGUUUUCAGGUUCAAGGGCCGCGGCGGUGGGGGCCCACGGGCUACCAGUCUGUGGCUGCAGUCUCCGCGGCGGCCGCGCCUCCGGGGCCCGAGCCGGCGCCCCUCCCCGUGUCCGCGCAUCCCAUGGUGAGUCCGGAGGGGGGUUUGUCGACGCAGCAGUCUUCCUCGCCGGUCGCGGGGAGCGCAUGGCGGGCGCUUACGGCGCGGGAGUUGACCGCGGCGGCGCUGUUCAGCGGGACGUCGGCAGCCACUCCGCCGCAGCUGCCGAGGUACUCCCCGCCGCGCGGCGCGUCGACGACCGGCAGUGGCGGAUCUGCGUCGCCCAGCCGGCGCGACGCGAGCGCGGCGGGGAGUCUCGACAGGAAGCGACUCUCGCCCGUGUGGGGGGCCCCGGGCCGCGGCGCAGGGCGCGACGACGACGAGGAUGCCGCGUCGGCGGAGCCGUUGAGGCUCGCGGACGACGCACGCGCUGGAGGUGGCGGCCGCGGCGGCUCGGUGGACUUGCUCGGGCUCGACUCGCCGAACACCGCGGCGAACGGCGAGCGGCGGCGCGAGGUGCGAGGCCGGGAGUUGUCGGGGAGUCCAGAGAACGCGUCGCUGAUGGACGUCCUGUCGCUUGAUUUCAACCGAGAGGAGAUCGAAGACGACUCCCAUGAAGAAGCGGAGAGAGCGCAGAGAUGCGUCGCCAGUCUCCUUCCGCUGCAGACAACCACGGCAGAGGUCGGCGAGCGCUGGCCGUCGCUGCCUUGCGAGACUUCCCUGGCGCUUCCCUGCGUCUCCGCCUCGGGCGUCACGCGAUCUUGCCCCGACUUCCUCACCCACGUCGUCCAGAAAGCAAUUCCUCUGCACGUCGUCGAGGUCAUCGGGGACGAAGCGAUUGCUGCGGCGCGGACGCCCUUGGGCGGGGAUGGUGUGGUGUACGUACACCUCAAGGUGAAGGACCAGACGGCGUCAUUCAUCAUCAAGGCCUCGACGUCGCAGCCCGCACCCGCGGCGCCGUUCGGCAUGUCUGCGCGGUCGCAGUCUCGCGUUGAGGGAGCGAACCACAGGAGGCUGUUUGCGCCUGAAUGGCUUAUCGAAGGCGGAGGGAGGCGCCCUUCCCCCCCCCCCCCCCCCCCGCCCCCCCCAGCGAGGUUGGUAUCGGAGAUGUACUGCGAGGGCGAGCGGUGGCGCAGCGGCAUAUGGAAAGUUUCAGAGGGCGUGCAGCAUGUGGCGCACAUUUCGCAUCCGCUGAGUUGUCUGUUGUCUGCUGUUCAAACGUAG